CCCGCGUUCUAUCGCGUCUUUCCUUGACUCUUUAGACUUUAACACAUUUCAGUUUGCAAUUUCUUAGUCUCUUACCAUUAACUUCAACGACUAACAGGCCUCUUUUCGUGCGCGUGUGCUGUUCAUAUAGACACAGCCUAUGAAAAGAAUUUCCGUGGAAGAAGGAUCUCCUCCGAAAAGGCCUCGCCUGGAGUCAGGAGAUGACAACCUAUUCGAUGAAACACGUCGAAAGAAUGCAACCGAUCUCCUCGACCCCGCAACGGAUGAAACUGGCAAUCUCGAAGCCACGGUAUGCAUGGUUUUUCCUUGCAUUGGUGCGGGACGCCAGCUGAACCUCGAGAUGCAUGAGCACGGCGACAAUUACCGCUUUCUCGUUUUCAUCGCCUCCGAAGUCGAUAAUUUACAUCCCUUCCCAUUCCGUGUUGGUAGCAGAAUUUGUCUUUCUCUCAAAGGCGCGCAGAUUCGGGGAAGGGCGCAAUCUUCUGCCCCUUGCUAUCUCCCCGUCGCGCUCACAUUCAAAGAUGGGAUCGCAAUCAAGCUUAUGUCAGGACCCGAAGCAGGGAAGGUAUUCAACACUUGGGAAGGUAACCUUUUAAUAUUGUGUCAUUUUCACAGAAGUAAUUUACCGUUGACGUGACCUUCCUACCAAAAUCAUCUAGUCGACUGGUUUAACGCUACCGUCAACAUUCCCCGCGUCGCCGACAUUGCCAUGCAAGAUUCCAUAGAUUUCGCGAAGAUGCCGAACACAAAUUCCCCGUCUACAAGCCCGCAGCCUGAAAUUGUUGCUCAGAAGGCGCGAGAAGAACCAGCCCAUAUUCUUCCGUCCCAUCAGCAUCGCAACUCCUCAGCCGGGCGGGAUUCCACAGGCUAUGUGAAGGUGUUGAACACGGAUU